GGCCUGUUCGGUCAUUCCCGAAACAAUCUCGAAUUUCUCUUCGGAGAGGCGGAGAUCGCCGAAAUGGCUAAACAACAGUCGCCGGCGAACGAUUCUUCCGAUGAGUACACUUCCGGUUCUUCUGCGGAGGAAGAGACGAGCAAGGAUCAGGCCAACGAUCAGGAGGACGGGGAGGAGGUCGAGGGCGUUUCUCGGAGCACAGAUGGUUCCGACGAUGGUGGCGAGGAGGAGGAGGACGCAGUCGGCGGAGAUUUUGAAGGAGAAGAUGAGAAUGAGGAAGAUGAUGCCAAUGCAAAUGAAGUAUCCAAGAGAGAAAAGGCCAGACUUAAAGAGAUGCAGAGGGUUAAGAAGCAAAAGAUACAGGAAAUACUUGACACCCAAAAUGCUGCUGUCGACGCUGACAUGAAUAAUAAAGGGAAAGGCCGUCUGAAAUAUCUGCUGGAGCAGACAGAGUUGUUUGCUCAUUUUGCAAAAGGUGAAAAGCCUGCUUCUCAGAAGAAGGCAAAAGGAAGAGGACGCCAUGCUUCAAAGUUAACUGAAGAGGAAGAGGAUGAAGAAUAUCUUAAAGAGGAAGAAGAUGGCCUCUCAGGAACUGGAAAUACGAGACUUGUGGCACAACCAUCCUGUAUACAGGGAAAGAUGAGAGAUUACCAACUUGCUGGUUUAAACUGGCUUAUACGACUUUAUGAGAAUGGCAUUAACGGAAUACUUGCAGAUGAAAUGGGACUUGGUAAAACUCUGCAAACCAUAUCCCUAUUGGGUUACUUGCAUGAGUUCAGAGGGAUUACAGGCCCUCACAUGGUUGUUUCACCAAAAUCUACACUUGGGAAUUGGAUGAAUGAAAUAAAAAGGUUUUGUCCUGUUUUACGUGCUGUUAAGUUUCUUGGAAAUCCUGAUGAAAGAAAAUAUAUUCGGGACGAAUUACUUGUUGCUGGCAAGUUUGACGUUUGUGUCACAAGUUUUGAAAUGGUUGUCAAGGAGAAGUCUGCCUUGCGUCGGUUUAGCUGGCGCUAUAUUAUCAUUGAUGAAGCUCAUCGAAUCAAGAAUGAAAAUUCGAUUCUCUCGAAAACAAUGAGGCUCUAUAGUACUAACUACAGACUUCUAAUCACAGGAACUCCACUUCAGAAUAAUCUUCAUGAACUAUGGUCUCUUCUCAACUUUUUACUCCCGGAAAUCUUUAGCUCUGCCGAGACCUUUGAUGAAUGGUUCCAAAUAUCUGGUGAAAAUGAUCAGCAAGAAGUUGUACAGCAACUGCACAAGGUUCUUCGUCCCUUUCUUCUGAGAAGGUUGAAGUCUGAUGUUGAGAAAGGUUUGCCUCCCAAGAAAGAAACUAUACUUAAAGUGGGUAUGUCCCAGGUGCAAAAGCAAUAUUAUAGGGCUUUGCUACAGAAAGAUCUUGAGGUUGUAAAUGCUGGUGGAGAGCGCAAACGCCUCCUCAAUAUAGCCAUGCAGCUAAGGAAAUGCUGUAACCAUCCUUAUUUAUUUCAAGGUGCUGAGCCUGGUCCACCUUAUACAACAGGAGAACAUCUUAUAGAGAAUUCAGGGAAGAUGGUUCUACUUGACAAGUUGCUUGGAAAGCUAAAAGAACGUGGUUCCAGGGUUUUAAUAUUUUCCCAGAUGACAAGGCUGCUGGACAUUCUUGAAGACUACUUAAUGUUCCGAGGAUACUUGUACUGUAGGAUUGAUGGAAAUACUGGUGGGGAAGAUCGAGAUGCUUCCAUCGAGGCCUUCAAUAGACCAGGCAGUGAGAAAUUUGUAUUUCUACUGUCAACUAGAGCUGGAGGUCUAGGAAUCAACCUGGCCACCGCUGAUAUUGUCAUUCUUUAUGACAGUGACUGGAAUCCACAGGUUGAUUUACAGGCCCAGGACCGUGCUCAUAGAAUUGGGCAAAAGAAGGAAGUCCAAGUUUUUCGGUUCUGCACAGAGUACACAAUUGAGGAGAAAGUGAUUGAAAGGGCAUAUAAAAAGCUUGCUCUUGAUGCAUUAGUUAUCCAGCAAGGGAGACUAGCAGAGCAAAAAACUGUUAAUAAGGAUGAGCUACUGCAAAUGGUGAGAUUUGGUGCUGAGAUGGUUUUCAGUUCCAAAGACAGCACAAUAACUGAUGAAGAUAUCGACAGAAUUAUUGCCAAGGGGGAAGAGGCAACUGCUGAACUUGAUGCUAAAAUGAAAAAAUUUACAGAAGAUGCUAUCAAAUUCAAAAUGGACGACACUGCCGAUUUGUAUGAUUUUGAUGAUGAAAAGGAUGAGAAUAAGCUUGAUUUCAAGAAGCUUGUUAGUGACAAUUGGAUUGAACCGCCAAAAAGAGAACGAAAGCGCAAUUACUGUGAAUCAGAAUAUUUCAAACAGACAAUGCGUCAUACUGCUCCUGCAAAACCCAAAGAGCCCCGACUUCCUCGAAUGCCACAAUUGCAUGACUUCCAGUUCUUCAACACACAGCGUUUAAGUGAGCUAUUUGAAAAAGAAGUGCGCCAUCAUAUGGCAAAUCAGAAGAAUCAAGCAAAAGAUGCAGUAGAUGUGGAUGAACCUGAAGACGGAGGAGAUCCUUUGACUGCUGAGGAGCAGGAAGAGAAAGAACAAUUGCUGGAGGAAGGAUUUUCGACAUGGAGCAGAAAAGACUUCAAUACAUUCAUCAGGGCUUGUGAAAAGUACGGCCGAAAUGAUAUCACACUAAUUGCUUCUGAAAUGGAAGGGAAAACAGAGGAGGAAGUCUCAAGAUAUGCGCAAGUUUUCAACGAACGAUACAAGGAGUUAAAUGAUUAUGAUAAGAUCAUUAAGAACAUUGAAAGAGGAGAAGCCCGGAUUGCACGGAAAGAUGAGAUAAUGAAGGCACUCCGGAAGAAGUUGGAUCGCUACAAGAACCCAUGGCUGGAUUUAAAGAUCCAAUAUGGCCAGAACAAAGGAAAAUUGUACAACGAAGAAUGUGACCGUUUCAUGAUAUGCAUGAUUCACAAACUAGGAUAUGGGAACUGGGAUGAGCUAAAGUCUGCCUUCCGGACUUCCUCAUUGUUCCGGUUUGAUUGGUUUGUGAAGUCUCGAACCACUCAAGAACUCGCAAGGAGAUGCGAUACGCUUAUCCGAUUGGUGGAGAAGGAAAACCAAGAAUACGAUGAAAGGGAGAGGCAGGCUCGAAAAGAGAAAAAACUGGCAAAGAGCAUGGCCUCAUCUUCAUCAUCGAGGCGAGCUGCGGCCCGACAAGCUAAUGUGGAAAGCAGUAUUACAAUGCUCAAGAAGCGGAAGCAUGCAUUGAUGGAUGACAAUGGAAAGAAGAGAAAAUGAUGAGUGCCGUUUCAUAUUAUAUGUUCUUUUGUUGGUGGAUCAUUUUGGGGUAAAAUUUCCACAUCCUUGACUUGUUCUUUCCUUCUUCAUUACUCUCAUUUAAAAAUUUGCUUAUCUUUUUAGUAAAAAUUAUAUUAUUUUUGUGUUAUUUAAUAUAUAUUUACUAUAAAAUGUAAAAAAUAUCAAUUAUUAUUUGUUUCUAGUAAAACUUGUGCUAAAACGGCGGAUGGAUACUAAUUUUAGGGAUCUAG